AGAAUGGUGAAUAACACUGAAGACCCUCGAGAGGCUUUAUAACGUCCCAUCCCCAUGUAAAGUAUGCUCAGAACUUUUCCAGUAGUUCUGCUGGAAACCAUGUCUCACUACACAGACGAACCAAGAUUUACCAUAGAGCAGAUAGACCUGCUUCAGCGCCUCAGACGUACAGGAAUGACCAGACAUGAAAUCCUCCACGCGCUGGAAACCUUGGAUCGUCUUGAUCAAGAGCAUAGUGACAAAUUUGGAAGAAGGUCUAGCUACGGAGGUGGUUCUUACAGCAACAGUACCAACAAUGUCCCAGCAUCUUCCUCUACAGCCACAGCUUCAACACAGACCCAGCAUUCUGGGAUGUCCCCAUCACCGAGCAACAGUUACGACACCUCCCCACAGCCUUGCACUACUAAUCAGAAUGGGAGGGAGAGUAACGAGAGGUUGUCUGCCUUCAACGGGAAGAUGUCACCUACCCGCUACCCACUUGCAAACAGCUUGGCUCAAAGGUCAUACAGUUUUGAAGCUUCUGAAGAGGACUUGGACAUUGAUGACAAAGUGGAGGAACUCAUGAGGAGGGACAGCAGUGUGAUAAAGGAGGAAAUCAAAGCCUUCCUAGCCAACCGGAGAAUUUCCCAAGCAGUUGUUGCACAGGUAACAGGUAUCAGUCAGAGCCGGAUCUCCCAUUGGUUGUUGCAGCAGGGGUCGGACCUGAGUGAACAAAAGAAAAGGGCAUUUUACAGAUGGUACCAGCUUGAGAAGACAAAUCCUGGGGCUACGUUAAGCAUGAGACCCGCUCCUAUCCCAAUAGAAGAGCCAGAAUGGAGACAGACGCCUCCCCCAGUCACAGCUACCUCUGGGACCUUCAGACUACGGCGAGGCAGUCGGUUCACGUGGAGAAAGGAGUGCCUGGCUGUAAUGGAAAGUUACUUCAAUGAGAAUCAAUAUCCAGACGAGGCAAAGAGAGAAGAAAUUGCAAACGCCUGUAAUGCGGUUAUACAGAAGCCAGGAAAAAAGUUAUCGGAUUUGGAGCGAGUUACCUCCCUUAAAGUGUACAAUUGGUUUGCCAACAGAAGAAAGGAAAUCAAGAGAAGAGCCAAUAUCGCAGCAAUCCUGGAGAGCCAUGGAAUAGAUGUACAGAGUCCAGGAGGUCAUUCCAACAGUGACGACGUUGAUGGCAAUGACUACUCGGAGCAGGACACUUGGCAAGUACGCAAUGGGGAGGAGGAGGGAAGAUGUUCAGAGGGAGGCAGAGAAGCAGAGAAGGUAGAAGAAGACAGGAGGAUCUGCUCCAAACAAGAUGACAGCACUAGCCAUAGUGACCAUCAAGACCCCAUUUCGUUAGCCGUGGAAAUGGCAGCGGUAAACCACACCAUCUUGGCAUUGGCCCGGCAAGGAGCCAACGAGAUCAAGACAGAGGCUCUAGACGACGACUGAUACCAAGGAAGGGGAGGGUCAAAGCGAGAAGUAACUUAGUUUUAGACGUAGCACCUUAGCAGACUUUUCCUCGGUCCUUAAUAUGUGUUCUUACAGUAUAACUUUGCAGUUUCUUGUACGUCAGUUAGCUGUUAGGGUCUUGUUCUGUGAAGAUGGCAUGGUGCCCUCAGCCUUUGCAUAUACUCUCUCAGUAUUAAUUCCCAAUAAAUAAUCAACCAACCAACCUCCCUCUCCCAGCCCCAGUGGCUAGAAA